UUUUAUUUUUUUCUUUAAUUCUUUAUUUUAAUACAUUAUUUUUUUUUAAUUAUCAGAUAGAAAGAAAAAUAAAAAGAUGAUGCAUCCAUUAGUCAUUAACGAUCAUCCUUAUUAUCAACAACCUCAAGUAUAUGUUAAAACACCUACUACACCACCAACGUAUAAUACACAUCAUCCUUAUGACAAUAUACGAUCAUCCUAUCAUCCAUCUACAGCUCAUCCAUAUCAUUAUUCUCCUCAAUCAUCACAACCUCCAAGAAGAGCCUCUAUGGCCACUCCUGCUACCAUUUUAUCUCGACAGCGAUCGUCCACUAAAUCUUUACGAGAUCGUCGAAAAAGCUCUGGUACACUUUCUACUUCAUCACAACAACAAUAUCAUAAACCUCGUAAAUGUAUUGGUGAUUAUUAUGUUGGUAAAACUCUUGGUAAAGGUGCUUCAGGUCGUGUCAAACUUGGAAUACAUAGACAUACAGGUGAACAAGUAGCUAUCAAGAUCAUUAGUAAAGCUCAUUUGGCAGCCAAUCCUGCUAUUGAAAAAGCUGUUCGCCGUGAAAUUGCUAUUAUGAAACUUAUUCAACAUCCAAACGUAAUGGCCUUGAUAGAUGUAAUUGAUGAUCCCAAUUCUUCUGACUUGAAUCUUAUUCUGGAAUAUGUGCAAGGUGGAGAAUUAUUUGAAUACCUUGUUAGCAAAGGUCGACUAAGUGACUCUGAAGCUAGAAGACAUUUUCAACAAAUUAUUCUCGGAUUAGAUUUCUGCCAUCAUCAUUUGAUUUGUCAUCGUGAUCUGAAGCCAGAAAAUCUACUGUUGGAUAGUACGAACAACAUCAAGAUUGCUGAUUUUGGAAUGGCCUCCUUACAGCCUGCUGGCUCUAUGUUGGAAACAAGUUGCGGUUCACCUCAUUAUGCAAGCCCUGAAAUUGUCGCUGGAAUGCCUUACAAUGGAUCUGCAUCUGAUAUUUGGUCAUGUGGUGUCAUCCUUUAUGCUUUAUUGACUGGUCAUUUACCCUUUGAUGAUGAAAAUAUUCGUCAACUAUUGAAAAAGGUUAAAGCUGGAAAGUAUACAAUGCCCGAUGACAUUUCAAGAAAUGCACAAGAUUUAAUCCGACGCAUUUUGGUGGUGGAUCCUUCGAAAAGAUUGACUAUGGAUCAAAUAAUGGCGCACCCCUGGUUUUGUGAAUCAGAACCUGUCAACUUGGCUUCAUUACCAGUACCACCUACAGCGAACGAAAUUGGCCGACCUGUUUGGGAUUCGUCUGAAAUUGAUGAUCGUAUUCUAGAAACUAUCAAAUUCUUAUGGGGUGAAACUCGUGAUGAUGUGAUUAUUCAAGCGUUGAUUAGCAAAGAGCACAAUAUGCAAAAGGUGGUUUAUGUUCUUCUACAGCAACAUUCAGAACGUUAUUGGCAGAAUGAUCAUGAUGAUGAUGAUAUACGUGAUAAUGAUGCCCCUCCAAAUCGACGUUAUCAAACUAUUGGACAUCGUUCAGAAAGGAAUCGUCGAUGCAUGUCAAUGGUUGAUAAUAGCUCUAAAACAACCAGUUCUCGCCCUUCCGUUCCUUGGAUGCCUGAUUCUGUUGCUUAUACGCCUUCUAUUGGUUCACAUUCUUCUUCGAUUGUCUCCACAUCAGCAAAUAUGACAAGCAACAACUCUCGUAGAUACUCCGCGUGUACAGUCGGUCGCGCUGAUCGUGCCAUCCCCGACUUUAUGCAUCCACCUCCUUUACCUCCUUUACCUACGGUAACAAUGACAAGUGGUGACAAGACAAGACUCAAGAAAAGUGAAACUUUCUACGCUCGAUUUAUCAAAAAUGUGUUAACUUCCCGUCGUCAAAGCAAAUCCUCCAUUACUGGUGUAUCUUCAUAUCCAUAUUCUACAAUCAGGUCGACUUUGGCUGGUACAUUGCGACGUAAAAAUCCUUUCGGCAAGAUGAUGCAACAAGAAACCACUACCACGGAGCCUUCCGAACCACAGCAAACAACAGAAUCUGACCAAUCACCAUCAUCACCUUGUUCAUCUACUGUCAAAACACUCAAUACCAAGCGACUUUCUAUCCGUGUUCCUAAUGCUUUCCGGAAUGACAAUGGUACCAAUCGAUUCAGCUUCACACUCAAUGGUACCCGAAGACAACGAAAAGAACUCGAUAUGUCCAUGUUCCAAACUCAAAAGCAAAGAUCAUCCAUAUCAACCAGAAAUGAAGGUUUGGAUUCAGAUUUGACACCUCCACCUGCAUUAUCAGACGGAAGUACACUCAGUAGCAGUAUCAGUAGUUCAAGCACCAAAGAUCAUCAUCAUCAGCAACAACAACAACAUGGCAAUACCUCUCUUCAAUCUGUGACCGAACGUCGUGGAAGUAACACUAGUAGUACAUUGAAUCGACCUAUUACACCAAGUCUUUUAUCCAACAGUUCUACCAUUACAACCGCCAAAUCUGCUUCUUUCAAGGCCUCCUGGUUAAACAAUCUCUUCUUCUUUAAGCAACCAAAGAUUUGCUCUCUAAUUAUUCCAGAAACAGAUAUUGGAACUAUUCUAUGUACACUUCACCGAUUGAUGAAUCAGUCUGUGGAAGCCAAAUUUUAUGAAAAGGAUGAUAAACAAGGAAUCAAGAGAUACAAGGCAGAUAUCAAAAGCAAGCAUCUUGGAAAAACACGACAAGUGAAAUGUAGAUUGGAAAUCCUUGAACCCUCUACCAAAGCGGACUCAUCCUCCAGAUUGAUCCGAUUCACUCAACAACAAGGGGAUGGUGUUGUAUUGGCAUCCGUUGUACGCAAUAUACAGUAUCUUUUGGAACAAGAAUACCCUACAAUGUCUUCCGCUAUUACUGCUGGUUUCUAAUUUAUUCCCCCUUUCCAUCAUCUUUUUAUUUUCUACUUUUUAUUUAUAUAUAUAUAUAUAUAUAU